CAGUGAAUGAUUAAUUUGCUAAUUGGACUGAUCCGAUUGCAGAUGUUCCGAGUCAACAACUCACUGAUUCCAAGAUCCGUUCAGAACGAGUCUCUAGUUAACUGAAUGCACAAGUCUGACUCAAAAUGAGCCAAGAACCGGGAGAUCCUCGGAGCUUGGGUGAAAGUGCGACUGAUGGAACGAAAAGAAGGUCUCCAUGCAGAGACGAGAGCGCGCCUGCCCGGAGACCGUCUUUAAGGGUCGUUCAAGGAGUGUGUGUAGUGGGUACUCCUCAUCAAAGGUUCCCCCUUCACCAUCAGUGAGAGUGAGGAGGAAAACUGCAUGCAUCACCUUAGUGACGGAGAAGCCUGAGCCCACCACAAUACCAGUGCCAGUGACAAAAGAGACUGAGCCAAGGAUCGCCCUGGAGCCCGAGCCCAAAGAAAAGUCUGACCAGGUGCAUGAUCCAGCCACAACAUCAGUCCCUGAAGGAAUUCUGCUAGAGUUUGAGGGGAUGAAGUGGAGCCCAACCCCCUCAAUAACGGCUGACGAGCUGCUUAUUGACUGGGAGAGUGAAUGCAUCCUGCCCAUUUCUGUUCCCAGCCCUGAAUUGUUAGAAUUUGAAUUCCAGCCCUGCCUCCCACCUCCUCUGCUUGUUUUAAGCCUGCCUGUUCUGUGUCAGCCUAGAGAGCUAUUCCUGAAUUUUAUGUCCGUUUCAUCUGAACCUGUUAAGCCUGUCUUGUUCACCAUUAUUUGCAUUGCCCAGUCCUCCAGCCUCGCAUGCACUGCCUCUCCUCAGCACUUCGGCUCAUGUCGAUUCACCUCGGUCUGAGUAUUUGCCAGCCCGUCCAUGGAUGGUCGACCUAGUAGCUCCACUUACUGUGCGUUCACACCACAGCCGGCAAGAGCGUCAAAAUUCACCCUGGCUGCCCUGCCAACAACGCUGUACUGUGUGUUCAAACCGCAGCCGGCGGGAGGGUCAAGGUAAAUGACAAGUUCGGGCAACUAAUCGGAAUCCUAUCAAGCGAGGACCUCUACAUUCCGAUUGGUUGCCGUUGAACCGCGUCAUAGCUCAUUACCAUAAAGUUGACAUGACUUCAACUCUCCUCGACGCUCUCACCGUCCAAGAUGCACCGCUCUCGCCGACGGCGGUGUGAACGCACGGUUAGGACCUCUUAGGCCUGUCGAACAGUCGGCUCCACCGUGGCUCCUCCCUUCCUCGGGUCCACCUGGUACCAUCGUCCUCUCGGCUCCACCGGGCUUUCUCGUCCCUCAGGCUCCACCAUGGUCAGUCGUUGCUCUGCCUGCGCCAUGGACUUCAGUGUUUCCCACAGGAUUUUGUGAAACUGUGGUGGGUGGACAUCGGUCAAACUUUUGCCACACUUGCUAAAAACCAAUCCACCUUCUUGUGUCAGAAAAAAAUGAGUUUGCUCAAGCUAAUCUUGAAUUUACCUGGGUACCUUUUUACUGAUUGAGAUUAGACCCUGCACUUAACUUUAUUUCACCCAACUGUGAUAUAUAUAUAUAUAUAUAUAUAUAUAUAUAUAUAUAUAUAUAUAUAUAAUCUUAAACACAUUUGACAUACAAUAUAUAGAUAUAACACAUUUGAAUAAAUAAUUAUCAAAAGAUAUAUAGAUAUUUGGUUGUUUUAGACAUUUUUUUUAUUAUUGCAUGUCAAAAUGCAGGACGUCAACUUCCUUGAAGUAUUUCGUAGCAUCUAAAAAAAAGCUGUAAGAGAAUCUGAAUGUGUUUGGGACAUUUUUUUCUUGUUAAUUCAAGUAUUGCAGAACAUGAAAAGCUAUCAGUGAUUUUUAUUGCACAUAUUUAUACAGUCCUGCAGUAUGUUUUACAUGGUAUUUUAGUCCCUGUGAUCACAUGACUUGUCAGAUUUGGUCUAGCAUCAAGGGUCUAAAGCAAACAAUGAUGCAAUCAGUGUUUAUUUUUUGCUCGUUCACAUAUACACACGCACAUACACACAAACACACACACAGUCUUAGGAAGUGAAUGAAACAGGAAUAAAGAGAAAUGGAUGGAGAGAGAGAAGGGAAGGAGGGGUGAAUCUGUCCUUCUCUUCUGUUCCCUAGUUUGGUCACUCAGAGCUCUACAUCAGGGGUCAUUUGCUGUGGCUCAGAGAUUGUGAUACAGACUGGGCUAGACAUCACACGCAUACGCAUAUAGUCAUACAACCUGUUUUCUUAGUAUUGACAAAUGACUUACUGUUCCAAAAAGGAAGGAGAGAGUGAUAUGUGUUGCUGGGAAGACUUUGAGAGAUAAAGAGAGAGAGAGAGAGAGAGAGGGAGAGCAAUCGGUCAUGGCCAUUAAUAUAAAUGGGUCCUCCUACAUGUGGUCAUGGUGCAGAGUCUGUUUUAAACUCCUUGCUGCGUGUCGUCAAGAGCAGCUGUCCGUCACGCUGAAGCUCUCAACCCCUUUCCCUGUGGCAUUGCAUCAUUCCCUCUGUAUCCCAAAAAAAACCCCACACCAAUGCGAGUAAAGUUUCACGGCGCGCUUCGGCCGGGGCAGACAUUAGAUGGGCAACAGCAUGUCCAUGACUCCAGAAUACAUUCAGAUAACAAGUCUUUUAAAUGCGUGUAAAAUGAGAGGUUAAUGGUCUCAGACCUCCUGACCUCCAGCAGGGAAUAGUUAAGCAUGUACUCAUGACAGCAGUGUGGAGCUUGAUCCAACUUUGUCUCAAGUGUCCGUGUCUCUCAUUCCCCCCGUAAAUGUGCUCCAUAAUUGUGCGAGUAUAUUUUAACGGUUGUGUUAGUACAAAUCAUUACAAUGCAUCUGCGUGAAGUUCUGCAAAUUAUUUCUUUAGUUAUAGUACUGAUCAGACCGUAUGUAACAGUAUAUAUGGGAACUGUAUGUUUACUUUUAAUAUUAUAUUAAUAAUAAUAAUUAUAUUUUUAUAUAAUAUUUUAAUUUUAUUAGGUGAUUGGUAUAUUUAUAUAUUUUUUGAUUUUAUUAAAAAUGAAGGAAAAAUGACAGCUAGGAACAGUUGGUCUGAAACUGAUUAUAUUAGAGUUUAUUGGUCAAUUGAAGCUGACAUAGAGUUCUGGCACACAUCUCCUCUGUCGACCCCGAGCAAACACUUCAGAGACAUUCCUCUCUGUUUAACACUGCUGGAUGAAAUUCUGCAAAUAUUCCACACGAUUCUCUUAACGUUCUAGAAUGUCUGUCAGAAAACUCCUGGCACUCAAGAUCCAAAGUGCACAUAUUAAUAUCAGAGAAUAUAUGACAGAGUUUACAAAGCAGGACCUAGAGGAGGUUCCUUCUUGAAUAAAGCAUUAACAGCUUUGAUUUGGAAUAUUAAUUUAAACUAGAGGAACAGAGACACAUUUAUAGGUGUGUGUUUGACUGACCUCGUGUUUGUUUAAGUGAAGGUGAUAAUGUGAGCUAGAUUUGAGAGGAAUCUCUUUACUCAAGUGCUGGUAUGGAUUGGCUGUCCAGUCUAUACCUCACACCAAUGUGCCACCCUGAGAAUCAGCCAAAUACUUUCAAUCUUUUUCAGUGCAACAAGUUAUCUGUAGUUUACUACAUGAUGUUUUAUAGUUAAGGAGAUGAAAUUUGAAAGCUUUUCAUUUUCUUUUUUUCUUCCUUUAGCAUUUUGG